UACCUCAAGCAGGGUUUCCCCAAAAAGAACUCCUAAUAGAAGAGUGAGAGAGAAAGAGAGAGACUCAGAGAAAGAAAGAUAGGUUUCAGAGCUCAGAACGUUCUCUGAUUAGCUUUGGAUCUAACGAGAAACGCCGUUGUUUCUCGGGUUUCUUCUCUUGAUCUGUAGGGUUUGUUCGCUUGGGAAGAGAGAUCAGCCAGGCGAAAGUCGUUUGAGCUUGGUGCAUCAUUGGCUUAGAUUGGGUCGGCCAGGGUUUGGACGCGUUGAACUAGAUUAGAGUAUGGAAGACGCUAAACCUUCGCACGCAACAGCUACAAUUUUGCAUUCCAGUAGCGGCAAUAUGGACCCCGCUGAAGCUCGAUUCACAGAGUUCUGCAAGGAUGGACUGUCAUUGAAUGAGAUCAUUUGUACCAAAGCUAUGAAGCUGUUGAAAGAAACCAAACCUCUCCUGACUAACAGUUCAGUUAUUGGAAAUGGAACGCCCGAAGAAGCAGAAAGGUUUUGGUUUGCAUUUGUUUUAUAUUCUGUGAAAAGGCUAAGUGAGAAGAAUGGAGAUAGUGAGCAGCUAGGGUCUGAUGAUAAUGGGUUUACCUUAUGUCAGAUACUGAGAGCAGCAAAGCUGACCAUUGUGGACUUCUUUAAGGAGCUUCCGCAUUUCGUUGUUAAGGUCGGUCCAAUUUUGAGUAAUUUAUACGGUGCAGAUUGGGAGAACAGACUAGAGGCGAAGGAGUUGCAGGCUGAUUUUGUGCACUUGAGUCUUCUUAGCAAGUACUACGAACGUGUGUACCGGGAUUUGUUUGUCACAAAUGAAGCAAAUGCUGAUAAGCAGUCAGCUGUUACCAGUAUAUCUGGUUAUGUCUCAGACUACCAUCGGUUUGGAUGGUUGCUGUUUUUGGCACUCCGUGUACAUGUGUUCAGCCGUUUUAAGGACUUGGUGACCUGCACAAAUGGUUUGGUUUCUGUAUUGGCUAUCUUAAUUAUUCACGUUCCCGUUCACUUCAGAAACUUCAAUGUACAUGAUGAUCGACGUUUUGUUAAGAAAGAUGGGACAAGGGUGGACAUCCUUGCAUCACUUUCCAACAUUUUUGAUACCUCUGAACAUGAAUUGAGAAAAACAAUGGAAAAGGCCAAUAAUAUAUUAGUGGAUAUUUUGAAGAAAACACCACGUCCAGCAUCUGAGUGUAGAAGCAAAAACAUGGAGAACAUUGAUACAGAUGGUUUGACAUAUUUUGAAGACCUACUGGAGGACUCAUCCUUAUCAUCCAGUUUAGGUAAUUUGGAAAGGAAUUAUGAUGAUGCUAUUCGUAGCAAGGGCGAACUGGAUGAAAGGGUGUUUAUUAAUGAUGAGGACAUCAAACUUGUUUCUGGAAGCUUGUCUGGAGGUGAUGUGAACAUGAGUGGUGUCAAGAGAGAAUUUGAUUCAAUUUCAUCACCAGCCAAAACAAUUACCAAUCAAUUCUCUCCACAGUGCUCUCCUGCAUCUAAUGCAAAUGGUAUUCUUGGUGGUGCUAGUUCAAAGAUGGCAGCUACACCUGUAAGCACAGCAAUGACAACUGCAAAGUGGCUUAGGACUGUCAUCUCUCCACUUCCAUCACAACCCUCAGUAGAGCUGGAGCGUUUCCUGGCAUCAUGUGAUAGGGAUGUAACUGAUGAUGUUGCAUAUAGGGCACAAGUAAUAUUGCAGGCUAUAUUUCCAAACAGUGGUCUGGGAGAGCGCUGUGUGACUGGAAAUCUGCAAAGCGCAAACCUCAUGGACAACAUCUGGGAAGAACAAAGAAAACAUGAAGCACUCAAAUUAUAUUAUAGGGUAUUGGAAGCAAUGUGUAGAGCAGAGGCCCAAAUACUUCAUGCAAAUAAUUUGACCUCUUUGUUAACUAAUGAGAGGUUCCAUAGAUGUAUGCUUGCCUGUUCUGCCGAACUGGUUCUAGCGACACAUAAGACUGUCACAAUGUUGUUUCCUGCAGUGUUGGAGAGGACUGGCAUUACAUCUUUUGAUCUUAGCAAGGUCAUAGAGAGUUUCAUUAGACAUGAGGAAUCCCUCCCGAGAGAAUUGAGGCGACAUCUAAACUCAUUGGAAGAACGACUUUUGGAGAGCAUGGUAUGGGAAAAGGGUUCCUCAAUGUAUAAUUCUUUGAUAGUCGCAAGGCCUAGUCUCUCUGCAGAAAUAAAUCGUCUUGGGUUAAUGGCAGAACCAAUGCCAUCUUUAGAUGCAAUUUCCAUGCAUAAUAAAUUUCCUUGUGGAGGGUUACCUCCCGUGGCUUCUUUGCAGAAACAUGAGACUUCACUAGGUCAGAAUGGGGAUAUCAGGUCUCCAAAAAGACUCUGCACAGAUUACCGAAGUGUAUUAGUAGAGCGGAAUUCCUUCACAUCACCUGUCAAGGAUCGCCUCCUGAACAACAUUAAAUCGAAGCUACCCCCACCUGCUUUGCAGUCUGCAUUUGCUAGUCCAACAAGGCCAAAUCCAGGUGGUGGAGGGGAGACGUGUGCAGAAACUGGAAUCAAUAUAUUCUUUACCAAGAUAACUAAGUUGGCAGCUGUCAGAAUCAAUGGUAUGGUUGAAAGGCUACAACUAUCUCAGCAGAUAAGAGAGAAUGUCUACUCUAUUUUUCAACAAAUCCUAAGUCAGCGGACAUCUCUAUUUUUUAACCGUCACAUUGACCAGAUCAUCCUCUGUUGCUUCUAUGGAGUUGCAAAGAUAUCUCAACUCGCCCUGACCUUUAGGGAAAUUAUUUACAACUAUAGCAAACAACCGCAAUGUAAACCACAAGUUUUCCGCAGUGUGUUUGUUGAUUGGUCAUUAGCACGGCACAAUGGGAGAACAUCACAGGAACAUGUUGAUAUCAUUACAUUUUACAAUAAAAUCUUUGUUCCUGCUGUAAAGCCUCUGCUGGUUGAGCUUAGCCCUUCUGGAACAACUACAAAAACUAACCGAGUUCCUGAAGUCAACAAUAAUGAUGCGCAAUGUCCUGGAUCACCUAAAAUGUCUCCUUUCCCAAGUCUCCCUGAUAUGUCCCCUAAGAAAGUAUCAGCAGCGCACAAUGUAUACGUCUCUCCAUUGCGAUCGUCAAAGAUGGAUGCUCUAAUCUCACAUAGCUCAAAAAGUUACUAUGCUUGCGUUGGAGAGAGUACUCAUGCAUAUCAGAGCCCUUCAAAAGACCUGAGUGCCAUCAAUAACCGCUUGAAUGGCAACCGAAAGUUAAGAGGCACCCUUAACUUCGAUGAUGUUGAUGUUGGGUUGGUUAGUGAUUCUAUGGUGGCCAACAGCCUAUACCUCCAGAAUGGGAGUUGCACAUCCUCAUUAGGUGCACCGCUGAAAACUGAGCAACCCGACUCCUAAUCUGGUGGUCAUGAUGACCCUAUAUGUAAAUUCAAGUUCUUCUCUCAUUCUUUAUAUAUUUUAAUCUACACUUGUUUUAAGCUUGUGACACGGGUGUGGUAUGAGCGGUUUAGGAAUGGCUGCCACCACCCCACUUGCACAUAUAGGUAGGUAGAACCGUAGAUAUGGAGCUUUAACAAAUGUAGUUGACUCUGAAUGACUAAUUUUAUAAAAAUCGUUUGCUUCUUAUGGUUGUUUCAA